UAUAGAUCAUCAUGACAUUGUAAUGUCAUGUGACGGCAAAAAUCAAGUACUGUAAAGUUAUUUUUCUGCAAAAAACUCUAAAAAUUAUUCGUUAUGUCUGAGUGGCGAAGAACCACCAAGCUCAUGAAAGAAUCGAUGAAGAAAACGCUUUAGUUGAUUCUUUCUGAGACCAUAUAUUUCAAAUUAAAGAGUGAAUCUGCUUUCAUACAAGAACUAUGUGCUGCAUAUUUACCUGCUGCGGGUGGAUGAUCGAUCUUGUACAAAGAGUAUGGGUGUUUGUGAUGUCAUGCUGCAUGUGCUCAGCGGUAUGCAUGUCCAUGAUGACCGCCUCCAUGUCUGGCAUCGCCAUGGGAUACAAUUACUCCUUAGCUGAAUACAUCGAUAUGAAAGAGACAAACGUAUCGGUGUUCCUGAAGCGAGGUAUUUUCGAUGACGACCUGGUGGGUGAUGACAUGGGAUUCCGGAGGGCCGGACAUUUGCCUGUAUCUGGUCUGAUAAAAGAGUCAAAUCUUGUAACUGCUGAGCCCGAAGAAGUAGUAGUGUCACCACGAUCUGGCAGAAGAUUGGAUGAUUCUGUGUUGCAAUCUGAUGAAAAUAACAAUUUUGAGGGCUCCUUGAUGAAACUGACAGCAAAACCGCCUGCGGCUACUUCGCCUCCACCGACAUACCGAGGUGACGAGGAUAUGAUGGACUUUGUGAAGAAAUUCUCAACAGAUUCAUUGGAUCAGUUAAAAGCAAUUCAGAGUAUGAUGAAUAUGAGAAAAUCCAACAAUCGAGGCCUGACGAUAAAUUACGAUAAGACAACUACAGUUGAUCCAAGAAGAAACAACUUACUAAAUGGGAGAAGAAUGAUGAUUGAACCAAACUCGCCAGAUAAUAAUCACAUAUAUAUAGACAAAGCCGCUAUUCCAUUUGAACGCUUUAGUCUUACAGUGAACCCCAUCAGAACAGCAGUGCCUGAAUCUAUGAUAGGAGCAUCCGACAAUUGGUUGUUGCCGAAAAACUUAGAGCGAUCUAUGGGACGUACAUUAUUUAGCACUGAGGAGUACGACAACGUUCCAGUUACUGCGCAUUUCUACCCUAAACCUAUCAGGUAUAAAACUGGAAUAGAGAGACCGACACUACCACCAACACCAGGUGUACAGAAACCUACUAAUAGAAUAGCAUUAGAAGAAAUACCUAAGAGAGAAAUGGAUGCGAGAAGAUUCGACAAUUCAGAACUCAAUAGAGUUAAAGAUAAGCUGCUGAUGGACAAAUCAAUGUUCCCAAGCUUCGAGAAAACAGAAGGUAUAAAAUCUGAUAACCAAGACUUUGAAAAACCGGAAGAAGCGGAUUACGAAGAAGAAGCUAAACGAGGUAUUCGUGUAAGAAAGAAACGAAACACUGAUUCUAAAAAGGCUGUUAUAAAAGAAACUUCUUACACUUUGUUCAAUUCAGUGUUAAGCAAUUAUGAUAAAGUAGAACAGGAUAUAAAAAGUCAUAACAAUGGGAAGACCGAAUUGAAAACUGAGAAUAAAAUAAAAAUGAACUACAUAGUAGACUCUACUGAGGAUAUCACAAACAGGAAUACUAAUUUCACAGAUGGUAAUAUCAUUAGCAACACCAGCCAGUAUAACAAUAAUGUCUUCAAUAAGACAUUGAAUAUAGUUCAUAAUGAUACGAAUCAUCAUAUCAAAAAUACAUUAACUGUACGCAGAUCAGUAACUGAAACAAAAAUCGAUAAACCCGAAAAUAUUUCCCAUGUUUACGCGAAGGCUAAACCAGAUGUACCAGUUUUAAUAUUUUUGAAAUCGUUUUUAAAUUAAUAUUUUUCUGUGUUAUAUAGAUUGGUUUUAAACUAUUUAUGUUUGUAUCGUCAAUGUGUUUUUAUAAAGGUUUUUCGUCUUCAAACAUGAUUUUUACUAUAUUUAAGUCAAGACUAUUACAGUUAUCAAUCUUUUACGGCACUGCGAGAUAGGAGUAUUAUAUAGAAAAGUUUAACUAGUAGAGUUAGGCCUAGAAGAAAUCUACUUGAUUGCACUGCUGAGUCCUUGUUACAUGUAGUUAUUCUUUUGCUGUGGUAAGAAAAAUAUCAACAUCGUCAUUAGCUUAAUAAGUCCAUAAUGUUAGAAUAUAGACAAUAAAAUUUUAUGGACAAAGUCACAUAAAAAGCACAGAACUCAUCACCGAGCCCGAUGGAUCAAGGUAGCCUACUCAAGAGGUUCGAAUCCCGGUGGGGCAAAUGUUAGUAUGAUGCUAUAUUUAAAAAAAAUGUGCACGGACCUCACAUCUGAAGUGAAACUUCUUUU